CUACAUCAACAAUUCAACAUGUGAACGAACCAACAUUCCAAAAUUCGAUUUUUCUCCAUUUCUUUCCCGUCCUUCACGGAUUUAGAUUUCAUGAAUUUUGUAACGCAUCAUCGAGAAUAUAUAGCUAUCUGCCUCACUGCCUCUGCUCGUGCGGUGAGUGGUGAGAGAGAAAGAGAGAGAGUGGACGAGUGGUAUGAGUUUUGGCUUUGCUUUUUCUCACAUCUUUGACAUAUUGAAUUCUCUUCAACCCUUCAUUACCUCUCCCUCUCUCUCUCUAGGUUGUACAAAUACUUACACAUAGAAGCAUAUGCAUCAUAUUUGGAGGCGGUGAAAAGAUUUAUAGACAGUAAACAGCUUGUUUGCCCAUCCACAUAUCUUGCAUUCUUGUUGUAUAUGUAGGGAGUUUCCUUGAAUGUGGUCAAAAGCUAUUAGAUUCAAUUCCAAGCACCCAAGACUGGAGAUUUAAGGGUUUACCAUAAGGCCCAUAAGGCUAAGAACACUUGGGAUUGAGGGUAAACUCAAUUCAACUUUUCCUUCUUGCAUGCAUUUGUGUUUGGAAUUAAUCCGAUAUGUAGGACGAGUACAACUUGCAAAUUAGGGCUUAUUUAGGGUAGAGGGCAUUCCUAUUGGGCUCAUUCUUGGAAGCUUUACUAAUUUUGAGUUCUGGGUUUUGUGUUAGAGAUGUUUUUCAAGUCUGGGUUCUUGAAAGACCGAGUUUUCAAUGUGCAGAUGUACUUGUUCUUUUGUUCACGACUCUCAUUUAGGUGAGAUUUUGGUUGUUUAUGGUUUGGGAAAUUUUUAGGGUUCAUCACUGCAGUUAGUGAAUAGAAAAGUGCGUUUCUUUCUGCAUUGUUUAUCUGCUUGAUUAUAAGGCUUCAGCAUUGGUUGAGUUCGGGCAUGUCCUUUUCUGCAUCAUCAUCCUUGGCCAUUACAAGUAGUGGUUUUGAGCGAUUGUGUGCUAGAAACUGAUCGAAUAAUGAGUAGGAGAGUGCGGAGGAGGGUUGUAAGGAGGGGGAAAGAGAAACUGGAUUGCCUUGACAUUGAUGAGAAUUCGAGUCUGGAUGCAAAAGGGGUGCUUGAUUGGACAAGCCUACCUGAUGAUACAACGAUUCAGCUUUUCUCGUGUCUGAACUACAGGGACCGAGCUAGCUUGUCAUCUACAUGUCGGACGUGGCGGGCUAUAGGUAAAUCUCCAUGUUUGUGGCAGGCCUUGGAUCUCCGGCACGACAAGUGUGAUGCUGCAGCGACUACAUCGCUUGCCUCUCGAUGUGAAAGUCUUCAGAAGGUCCGGUUCCGUGGUCCUGAAUCUGCUGAUGCUAUCAUGCAUCUUGAAGCUAAGAAUUUGCGUGAGAUUAGUGGUGACUGUUGCAGGAAAAUGAGUGAUGCUACACUCUCUGUGCUUGCUGCUCGGCAUGAAGCACUUGAAUGCCUUAUGAUUGGGCCAGAUUUCUGCGAAAAAAUCAGCAGUGAUGCUCUUAAAGCAAUUGCAAUUUGCUGUCCAAAACUGCAGAAGCUUCGUCUCUCAGGCAUUCACGAAGUGGAUGCCCGAGCAAUCAAUGCUCUGGCGCAGCAUUGCCCAAAUUUGGCAGAUAUUGGGUUCAUUGACUGCCGAAAAGUUGAUGAAACGGCUCUGGGAAAUGUCACAUCUGUUAGCUUCCUCUCAGUCGCAGGGACAACAAACAUAAAAUGGAACGUGGUCUUGCAACAGUGGACUAAUCUACCACACCUAAUAGCGUUAGAUGUUUCUAGAACAGAUAUUACGCCUAUUACUGUUACUAGUCUUUUUGCAUCUUCGUGUAGUUUAAAGGUCUUGUGCGCCUUGAAUUGUCCCUUACUUGAGGAGGAGGCCAGCUUUGCCACCGAUAAAUACCAUAAGGGUAAAGUGCUACUGGCUGUCUUCACCGACAUUCUCAGAGGGGUAGCUAGCCUAUUUGUUGAUAUGCCAAAGAAUGAUCUGAAUGUUUUCCUUGACUGGAGAAAUACCAACGAUAGAAAAACUAAUGAGAUUUUGAAUUGGUUGGAAUGGAUACUUUCCAACUCACUUCUACGUGUUUCUGAAAUUAACCCACCUGGCUUGGAUAACUUCUGGCUAAACCAAGGCACAAGUUUGUUGCUUAAUUUUAUUCAGAGUCCGCAAGAGGAAGUUCAAGAAAGAGCAGCUAUGGCACUUGCAACUUUUGUUAUUAUUGACGAUGAAAAUGCUAAGAUCCACACUGGAAGAGCUGAAGCAGUUACACGAUAUGGUGGAAUACGUCUUCUCCUGAACCUUGCCUGUUCAUGGAAGGAAGGGCUUCAAGCAGAGACUGCUAAGGCCAUAGCAAACUUAUCAGUGAAUGCUAAUGUAGCAAAAGCCGUGGCUGAGGAAGGAGGCAUCAGUAUUCUUGUAAAUCUUGCUAGGUCAUCAAACAGAUUGGUUGCUGAAGAGGCUGCUGGUGGACUAUGGAACCUCUCUGUCGGAGAAGAUCACAAGGGUUCAUUUGUUGAAGCCGGCGGUGUAAAAGCUUUGGUCGAUCUUAUCUUUAAAUGGUCAAGGUGCAGUGGUGGUGAAGGAGUUCUGGAGCGUGCUGCUGGUGCAUUAGCAAAUUUGGCAGCAGAUGAAAAAUGCAGCACGGGAGUAGCUUCAGUUGGCGGUCUGCGUGCCUUAGUUACACUAGCUCGCAAUUGCAAGGUUGAUGGAGUGCAGGAGCAGGCCGCUCGGGCAUUGGCAAAUUUGGCCGCUCAUGGUGAUAGCAAUAAUAACAAUGCUGCAGUAGGACGUGAGGCUGGAGCUCUUGAAGCCCUUGUGCAACUUACUCGUUCCCUUCAUGAUGGUGUCAGGCAAGAAGCUGCUGGUGCAUUGUGGAAUUUAUCCUUUGAUGAUAAAAAUCGAGAAGGAAUUGCAGCAGCGGGUGGUGUGGAGGCAUUGGUGGCUCUAGCAAGUUCCUGUGCAAAUGCCUCUCGCGGUCUUCAGGAGAGAGCUGCCGGUGCCCUUUGGGGAUUGUCUGUGUCAGAAACAAAUAGCAUUGCUAUUGGGCAACAAGGAGGUGUGGUGCCGUUAAUUUCAUUGGCACGGUCUGAUGCUGAGGAUGUACACGAGACUGCUGCAGGAGCUCUUUGGAAUCUUGCUUUCAACCCCGGCAAUGCUCUCCGCAUUGUAGAGGAAGGCGGGGUUUUUGUCCUCGUUCGUCUUUGUGCUACUUCUGUAUCAAAAAUGGCACGCUUCAUGUCGGCAUUGGCACUCACCUACAUGUUCGAUGGGAGAAUGGAUGAAAUCGCCCUGGUAGGAACGUCUGCUGAGGGCACUUCCAAGAGUGUAAAGUUGGAUGGUCUCAGAAGACUGGCUUUGAAGUGUAUUGACGAAUUUAUCAUGACUUUUUCUAAUCCUCAUGCAUUUGCUGCUGCUGCUGCUUCAUCGGCCCCUACAGCACUUGCGCAAGUAACAGAAUCUGCUCGUAUUCAAGAAGCUGGUCCUCUCAGAUGCAGCGGAGCUGAGAUCGGAAGGUUCGUUUCUAUGCUACGAAAUCCUUCUCCAACACUAAAAGGAUGUGCUGCAUUUGCUCUUCUUCAGUUUACAAUGGUGGGCGGCCGGCAUGCUCCCCUUCAUGUGAAACUCCUCCAAAAUGCCGGGGCUCAACGGGUGCUGCGUGCAGCAGCAGCAGCAGCAGGCGCCCCGAUUGAAGCCAAAAUCUUUGCUCGCAUUGUACUUAGAAACCUCGAGGCAGGAGGGUCUUCAACCUGACGAGCAUCAAUCAGCGAUGGCAUCGAACGUGGGUCCCGCCUUCUAGAAAGUAGUAUAGAACCUUAUGAAGUAUACUUUUUUUUGCUGUAUAAAUCUGUUGAUAGAUUUCCUGCAUAAAUAAGGCCCUCUAACAUAGAUUUUGGGGUUUUCCAUUUUUUUUUUGUCUUUGCAAUGUAUUACGCUAUUAGAAAGAUAUGCCAUGGAUCUUCUGCA